AUUCUCUUCAAUCCCCUGCGCUUGCUUUCACAGAGAGAAAGAAGAAACAGAGCUGUGGACUGAGAAGCCCACCAAAAGCACAUCAGGGAGCGAGAGCGCGAGCGAGAGCGCGAGCGCCAGAGGGGGAAGAGAGACAGAGGAGCGCGGAAAAGAAAAUUGGUGCUAGAAAGCACCCAUGGCGGAUUCCAGGGACCAGAAGUGGCACUCCAUUCUGAAACUGGCGCUUUCAGUAGGCUCAGACGUCGACGGAGAGCACCGGUCCAAGCCCAGCUUCGCCGCCGGCGAUGGCGCCGUCGGGCUGGCCAUCGUCGCCUCCAUGAGCGAGGAGCCACCGGCCUACCGGUCGGAUCCGAUCCGGAUCGGCGCAGUGGUGACGAAACCCAACCUGAGGGCCGCCGCCUCGCCCAUGAACGAGGGCGAGGAGCUCUCCGAGAGCUAUACUUGCGUGAUUUCGCACCUGGGAGGGAACAAGAUGAAGAAAAGGGUCUACUUUGGCGACGGCGACAGCGGCCUUCUCCUGGAACCGCCGCCGCCACCGGAGGACCCGCCCUUCGUGGUGGCCGAGUUCCUGAGGUGUUGCUUAGUGUGCAAGAAGCAACUCGACGGCAUGGACGUCUACAUGUACAGAGGGAAGGCCUUCUGCGGCGAAGAAUGCAGAUACCAGCAGAUGCUAGUGGAUGAAUUCGGCGAAAAGCUCAGUACUGGCACUUCAAGAAACUACAAAUAUUCGUCUUCCCCUUGCUCAGCUUCAUUGCUUGUCACAGCUGGUAUUGCAGCUGCUUCAGUACACUGAGUAAUAAACUGUAACUUUUGAUGAAAAACAAUAGGAUGUAAGAGUGAAUAAGAUGAAACGAAAGGGUUCAAUAACGAGUGUUUCCGGCACAAGUAGCGCCUUAAUUUGUGCGAAGAGAGGGUAUGCGGUGAGCUUGGAAUUCACAAGUUUAAGUAUGUAUGAAAAAAUAUAUAUGAUAUGUUGUUUCUUGUGAUCGA